AUGAAGUUCACCAACAUGGUUCUGGCCGCUAGCGCUGCUGGCAUGGCCGUUGCUUAUCCCCGUGGCCGUGACGUUAUGCCCAACAAGCGCAGCAUUGAGAAGAAGCGCGCUACUGGCUUUACCUGGGUCGGUGUCAGCGAGUCUGGUGCCGAGUUUGGAUCCGCCAUCCCUGGUACUUUGGGAACGGAUUACACCUGGCCGGUGACUUCCAAGAUUCAGGUCCUGCGCGAUGCUGGCAUGAACAUCUUCCGUGUUCCCUUCUUGAUGGAGCGCCUGGUGCCUGGCAGCAUCACUGGUACUCUGGAUGCGACCUACCUCGCUGAUCUCAAGACUACCGUCAACUUCAUCACCGCAAGCGGUGCCUACGCCGUCCUUGACCCCCACAACUAUGGCCGAUACUCUGGCAGUGUCAUCUCCUCUACCGACAACUUCAAGACCUGGUGGACGACCGUCGCUACCGAGUUUGCUUCCAACGACAAGGUCAUCUUUGAUACCAACAACGAGUACCACGACAUGGAUCAGACCCUCGUCCUCAACCUGAACCAGGCUGCCAUCGACGGUAUCCGUGCCGCUGGUGCCACCUCCCAGUAUAUCUUCGUCGAGGGCAAUGCCUGGACCGGCGCCUGGUCCUGGACCAGCAACAACGACAACAUGAAGGGUCUGACCGACCCCCAGGACAAGAUCGUCUACGAGAUGCACCAGUAUCUCGACUCCGACAGCUCCGGUACCUCUGAGACCUGCGUUAGCAGCACCAUUGGCCAGGAGCGCCUGGAGUCCGCCACCACCUGGCUGAAGGACAACGGCAAGAAGGGCUUCAUCGGUGAGUUCGCCGGUGGUGUCAACUCUGUCUGUGAGUCCGCCGUCGAGGGCAUGCUCUCCUACAUGUCCGAAAACACCGAUGUCUGGAUGGGUGCCGAGUGGUGGGCUGCUGGUCCCUGGUGGGGAUCCUACAUGUACUCGCUCGAGCCUACUGAUGGUCCCGCGUACUCGACCUACCUGCCUAUCCUGGAGAAGUACUUCGUGAGCGGCUCUUCCUCCUCCUCGUCUUCGUCCUCGUCUUCUACUUCUACCACUUCUUCCUCAUCCUCCACCACCACCACCGUCACCACUGUCGCUACCACCAGCGCUACCACCACAGCUGUCCAGCAUACUACCACCUCUACAUCUACUACCGCUCCUGUCGAGGUCACCAGCGCUCCCAACAGCCAGGUUGAAGUCUCCAGCCCUGCCGCCCAGACCACCACCGUUCCCGCGGCCACCACCACACUGAUCACCAAAACCUCGUCCACUCAGUCGAACACCAGCACCGCCGCUUCCUGCUCCACCACAGGCGCCGCGGCCGGCACCGUUCCUCACUGGUACCAGUGUGGUGGUCUGAACUGGACUGGCGCUACUGCCUGCGAGAGCGGUUACACCUGCGUUGAGCAAAACCCUUACUACUCCCAGUGCCUGUAA